GUGAUGUUUUUGUUUCUUAUAGGUAUCUUGGUUUUUGUUAUGUUGGAUCCAAUUUGGAUCCCCAAGAGGAUCCCCUCAUCGGCGAACUCAUCGGAUUGAAAGAAUUUGGGAUCCUGGAUUGCAAGGCCGUUCCGGCUGUUUUUCGACCUGCUGAUCGUCGUGAACGCCAUCACGAUCGCUGUGGACGCCGACCAGGCUGAGUGGGCCUUCCUCGCCGCCUUCAUACUGGAAAUACUGCUCAAAAUGUACGCCUUCGGCUUCCGCGAGUUUUUCGACAAGCUCUGGAACAUGUUCGACUUUGUGGUGAUCGGCGGCGCGUUCCUGAUCUCGGUGGUACGGGCCAGCACCGGCCUGCAAGGUAACACGCUGGUCCUGGACGUGCUACUGCUGUUCCGCUGUCUGCGCGUGGUCAAACUGAUGGACAGUGUGGCCAUCUUCCGCGCCGUGCUGCGAACCAUCGCCAGCUUCAGCCGUUCCAUCGUCACCUACGGCGGCGUCCUCUUCUGCGUGUUCUACUUUUUCGCGCUGCUCGGCAUGGAGCUGUUCGCCGACCGCGUGAUGUGGGCGCCGUUCCGACCGGGCCGGCCGACCGACUGCGGCGACCGGCUGCUCAAAGACACCGACUUCAGCCGGCUGCAGUACUGCGCCAACAACUUCAACUCGCUGCCGGCCGCGCUGGCCGUGCUCUUCGAGCUGAUGGUGGUCAACCAGUGGCACGUGCUGGCGGACGGCUACGCGGCCGUGACCACCCAGUGGGCGCGCCUCUACUUCGUGGCCUUCCACCUCUGCUGCGUGGUACUGCUGCUCAACAUUUUCACGGCGUUUAUUCUGGAGGCGUUUAUCCUGGAGUUUACCACUGAGCGCACCACCACGGAAACCAGGGUGGAGCGCAAGAUAGCCGAGCUGGGACUCGGACUGGGCAGCCGAGCGCCGGAGCGGGCGUCCGGCGGCGCGCCGUCCGACUCUGCCGGCGGCGACUACACCACACUGGUGGAAAGUGACGAACUGGACGCCGACCACGACCCACGACCGGCCGGCGCGGCGGCGAGCGGGGGCGGCCAGCAGCUGACCGCCAGCACCGGCGUGCGCUUCCACAUCGACAGAGGUCCCCGCAGUGUGGAGGUGCUGCUGCAGCGGAUGUUCGAGUCCGGUGAGACGGACCUGAUCCCGGAGUCGUCCAACGGCCGCUGCUGAGCAGACACGACGGCCAUUCUCCCUUUGCCGCCGGCCGGGUGAGCCUCCCGGGGCAGACUCGGCGCUCUGAGCGCACCCGGCGGCCGGUGGGUGAGGUUCCUGGAGCAGACUCGGUGCUCUGGAUCGACACUGCUGCGUCCGGCGGCUCCGGAUCUACACUCCACAGCCAGACGUCAGUGUGUCGAGACAGCGGAGCGCUACGUUGCCUUCAAAGACGGUGCCUCAGAGCACAGCCGUGCUUCGCUACAACGAGAGGAAGGGGUCGUCUGGGACUGAGGAGCCCGACCCCCUCGGGGUGAUGUACCCCUGGGUCGCCUGGAGCGGUCCGAAGGGUUUGGAACUGCCGGACGGAGACUGGUGUGGGGUUACUCUCAGUGCUUCCCUCAACAACCGCCGCUUAUUGGCGUGACGCGUCUGAGGCUACGGUGGCGCCGGCCCAGGGCUGGUCCCUGCUCCGCGGGCCGUACUGGUUACUGCGGGGCGGACGCACUGGGUGCCUCGCGAGGAGGGAUUCCCCGGAACCAUGACGAAAGGUCUACACUUGUGUACUCAGUGUUUAUAUUGGACGUGUAUUUGUCGUUUACCUGUAACUGUGAUUUCAUUAUCUGCCUACCCGUUUAUAUACCUUUAGAUUGUUAAUCAUGCUUAUUAAGCUCCAUAUUUACAUGUAUUGCAUUACGUGGUAUGCUUUUGCAUAAUUUACAUGCGUAACUAUUGAAAGUGUUUCAUAAACUUCACGAUUAUAGCCUAACCUACAUUGGGCCGAACUUUCUAAAAGAUCCCAGAGUAGGUUAUAUAGUAAACUGAAAAGUUCAAAGGGCUGCUGUGGCGAGUGCGCCGAAUGAUGAAUGAAAUCCUACAUCCAUAGCUGGUUGCUCAGGGCUUGGUCGGAUACAGAGUGCCUUACAUCGAAGUGCCGCAUACGAAUAUUAUGGCUGGCUGGCCGAUUCGAUUGUUGAAUAAUGAAAUCGUACAUCCAUAGCUGGUUGCUCAGGGCUUGGUCGGAUACAGAGUGCCUUACAUCGAAGUACCGCAUACGAAUAUUAUGGCUGGCUCGGUUGUUGAAUUUAUUGUUGAACGGUGUGAAUCUCUCAUUGGCUCCCCUGGACAGCCAUGCCAAGUGUUUUGGACGUAGAAUAUUUAUGCGUUUAGUGAAAUGGUCGUUGGUUUUCCAUUUGACCGCCACGGUGUCUGGGUGUGGGAUGGGACGCGUCCCGUGCCGACCAGUGACUGACCGCCGGCGCGGCGCGGGGCGUCAGGGGCCGGGGCGGCCGGCCGCGCCUGUGACUGAUCUGAUAGGGACGGCCCGGCUGCCGGUGUUGUUAUUUGGGGAGUCUGGCUGGGCUCGUUGGAUGGGUGGGUCGAGUUACUAGCCGUCAUUAGACCUCACAACUCAUGAUGGGUGCAUGUAUAAAACCGUCGACGGUUGUGUCGCGUUACAGAAGUGGCGUCAGCUCGGUCUGUUACCAUUCCGUCGCGCUGUUUGUUUAGCCGUUACAUAGGGCAUUUUCAGCGGUGUAACCGCUUGCGUUCCGCUAUCGGGCAAGCCUCAUCGUGAAAGGGCACGUCACGACGUCUCUAACUGCCAAAUGAGCGUCCGGCUGCUGUGUAGACCGUCCGUAAGCCGCAGAAAAGACGACGGAACGCUUAUUGACGCAUUGGCGGUUAUUAUACGUCUGGUGAGCGAUGCGCCGUCUCGCUCCUGGAAGAGUGGGCAUAGCUUUGUACUUACGCUCGGUUGUUAUCUAAUGGUCUGUGUCCGUCUAUUUACCAAAUACAACAAUUGUCCGGUA